ACUCCAAUUUAAUUGUUAUUAAAAAAUCCAAGUGACAGUGGCAAAUAGGUAGGCUGAACACGAACAAAUUACAAUUCUAGAAAACCCACCGAUUUUCACAAGCAAAACGCAAGUCAUGGCCACUGGAAUAACCACCAAGGAGCGCCUGGAGAGGCUGAUGGCCGCCAAAACGCAGCUGGAGGCUCAAAUCAGUAGAAAUGGACAAAUUUUGGCUGCAAACGACAAUGUUGGCAUGACCGGACCCCUGAUCGACCCCGAAGGAUUUCCACGCAACGACAUCGACAUCUACCAAGUGCGCCAGGCCCGCCAGACGAUAAUUUGCCUGCAGAACGAUCACAAGGAGCUGAUGAACCAAAUCCAGAACCUGCUCAACCAGUACCACAGUGAGAUCGCCACCACCGACCCGGAGCUGGUGAAUCGUGCCUCCGCCUUGGAGCUGGACAGCGACAGAGUGAUGGGUGGAUCCAUUAUUGCUCCUCCCGAUAUUCGCCCCAUGGUUAUAGUCAAUCUAGUCAGCCCGAGUUCCCCGGCAGAAGAGGCGGGUUUACGCGUGGGCGACAGCAUCUGCACCUUCGGCUCUGUUAACAGCAACAACUUCAAAGGAGAUCUGGGCCAGAUAGGCGAGGUUGUUAGAAACAUGCAGAACCAGAACGUCCAGCUCAAAGUGAAGCGCGGCGACGAACUGAUGGAUCUGCUUUUGGUGCCAAAAGCCUGGAGCGGACGCGGCCUUCUGGGCUGUAACAUUGUGCUACCCCCAGAGGCCAUGGAGUACUGAUUUAUUAUUUGCUGCAUUUAAUUAUUAAUUCAUGGCCAGGCCACAGAACAUUAAUUGUACUAAAUUGUAAAAAUUGAUUUUAGUUUAUGUGCAGCUUCGUUUCCCAACCAAUCUGAGAUUAUUUCGCGUGACGGACGUCCCCGGCUUCUGGGUCACUGUGCCACUGGGUGGGAUGGUCAAGGCGACAGAGUGACGAGUUCAUGAAUAUGAAUGGGCCUAAUUCAGGUGGAGAGAUGAUGCAUAAUUAUUAUUUUAAAUUAAUACAGGAUCUAUAUACUCGUAAAUAAGUAAAGCCAACGUUGAAAAGAAA